AUGGCCGGAACUGCUGAUGCUGCUAAGAACGCCCUCUCCUCAAUCUUCGACAAGGCCAAGGAGGUCGUUGGCACCGCCGCCGAAACGACGAAAGGCUACGCCAGCCAAGCCCAACAGGCCAUCGGCAAGGUCAUUCCCGGCAUGAGCGUCGACCAAUCUGCUCAGGAUCCGUCUGCCGUCCAACCUGCGGCUCCCGGUACCGAGGGUGUCGCUCCGGCCGCUCCCCAG